UGUGUGUGGAAGGCAUUUUAGAUUCAUCUGCUCUUAAACAACACCAGAGAACACACACAGGAGAGAAACCUUUUAAGUGCAUUGUGUGUGAGAAGGCGUAUGCAAAGUCAUCAAAUCUUCAGUCCCACCAGAGAAUACACACAGGAGAUAAACCCUUCAAGUGCAGUGUGUGUGAGAAGGCAUUUUCAGAUUUCUAUCUUAGAAGACAUCAGACAACACACACAGGAGAGAAACUCUUCAAGUGCAGUGUUUGUGGGAAAGCGUUUGCACAUUCAUCAAAUCUUAAAAAACACCAGAGAACACACACGCAUCAGAAAAUCCACAAGAAGAAACAAUGCGACCAGAAUGCAAACAGCAUGGAUCGUACUGGAAACUUGACACAGCACCAGAGAACACACACAGGAGAGAAACCUUUUAAGUGCAGUGUGUGUAAAAAGGUGUUUGCACGGUCAUCCAUUCUUAAAUCACACCAGAGAACACACACAGGAGAGAAACCUUUUAAGUGCACUCUGUGUGAGAAGGCAUUUGCAAUGUCAUCAAAUCUUAAGAUCCACCAGAGAACACACACAGGAGAGAAACCUUUUAAGUGCACUCUGUGUGGGAAGGCGUUUGCACAGUCAUCAACUCUUCAGACCCACCAGAGAACACACACAGGAGAGAAACCUUUUAAGUGCAGUGUGUGUAAAAAGGUGUUUGCACGGUCAUCCAUUCUUAAAUCACACCAGAGAACACACACAGGAGAGAAACCUUUUAAGUGCACUCUGUGUGAGAAGGCAUUUGCAAUGUCAUCAAAUCUUAAGAUCCACCAGAGAACACACACAGGAGAGAAACCUUUUAAGUGCACUCUGUGUGGGAAGGCGUUUGCAAUGUCAUCAAAUCUUAAGACCCACCAGAGAACACACACAGGAGAUAAGCCCUUCAAGUGCAGUGUGUGUGGGAAGGCAUUUUUUUAUUCAUCUACUCUUAAACAACACCAGAGAACACACACAGGAAAGAAACCUUUCAAGUGCACUGUGUGUGAGAAGGCGUUUGCACAGUCACCACAUCUUCAAAGACACCAGAGAACACACACAGGAGAGAAACCCUUCAAGUGCACUGUGUGUGGGAAGGCGUUUACACAGUCAUCACAUCUUAAAAGACACCAGAGAACACACACAGGAGAGAAACCCUUCAAGUGCACUGUGUGUGAGAAGGCAUUUUCAUGGUCAUCAUAUCUUCAGACCCACCAGAGAACACACACAGGAGAUAAGCCCUUCAAGUGCAGUGUGUGUGGGAAGGCAUUUUUUUUUCCUACUCUUAAACAACACCAGAGAACACACACAGGAGAGAUGCCCUUCAAGUGCAGUGUGUGUGGGAAGGCAUUUUUUAAUUCAUCUACUCUUAAACAACACCAAAGAACACACACAGGAGAGAUGCCCUUCAAGUGCAGUGUGUGUGAGAAGGCAUUUUCAGAUUCAUCUACUCUUAAACAACACCAGAGAACACACACAGGAGAGAAACCUUUUAAGUGCACUCUGUGUGGGAAGGCAUUUGCAAAGUCAUCAAAUCUUCAGACCCAUCAGAUAAUACACACAGGAGAUCAACCCUUCAAGUGCAGUGUGUGUGGGAAGGCAUUUUUGUAUUCAUCUACUCUUAAACAACACCAGAGAACACACACGGGAGAGCAACCUUUUAAGUGCACUCUGUGUGGGAAGGCGUUUGCAAAGUCAUCAAAUCUUCAGACCCAUCAGAGAAUACACACAGGAGAUAAACCCUUCAAGUGCCGUGUGUGUGGGAAGGUAUUUUCAGAUUCAUCUACUCUUAAACAACACCAGAGAACACACACAGGAAAGAAACCUUUCAAGUGCACUGUGUGUGAGAAGGUGUUUUCAAAGUCAUCAAAUCUUAAAAAACACCAGAGAACACACACACAUCAGAAAAUCCACAAGAAGUGUAAUCUGAAAUCAGCUUGUGAAAGUCAAAGUGCUGCAAUGACCCCAUUGUUCAUGAAACAAGAACCAGAAGACAACCCCAGCCUGGACACUUUGAAAGGUAUCAAGGUAAAAUAUGAAGAGGCGAAGGUGAAAUGUGAAGAAGUAACAGUGAAGAGCGUAGAAGUGAAGGUUAAAUUUGAAGAUUCAACUCCAAAAUCGGACCUUCACAUAGAUGGAGGCAGUGUGAAGCAGGAACUAAAUUCUGGCUGUGAGGCAGAGCGAGGCAACUUCCAGGAGUUUGUGGAUGUGGAGUGUAAGAAUGGCCAGUAUUUGUGA